AGUGUUCGUGUAGCCCGGCCCCAGUUCAGUGGUUUCGUCUGACGACGCGACGCGCGGCCCGCUCACAGAGCAAUACGAAAACUUCCGCAAAUAUAACGCUGCGGUGUUAAUAAAAGUUUUUAGUGAAACAGUUUAUUAAUUCAGUUAUUAUUAUAAUUAUUUGUAUUGUUAAAAAAGUUGCAUGGAGUGAAGUUUGUUCGAAAUUUUGUGUUGUAUCCAUUUUGGAGAAGAUGGCAGACGAAGUGUGUGAAACACUGAAGAAUGCGCCAUGAUCGACAAUUUAACAGAAAAUAUGUACGGUAUCAAGUUACUCGUCAGCAAAGAUUUUAAACAGAACAAUGUAUGGGGGUCUUUUAACAAGACGGAGGCUGUCGAGGCGAGUGCUGUCAACGUGUCAAGAGUGAAUCAGACGAUAUAUUCACUCAGCGAUGAUGAGUACAUAUUUGACAGGACGGAUGUUAGAGCCAUAUUCAUUACCCUCUACACGAUCGUGUUCUGUUGCUGUUUUUUUGGUAACUUGCUCGUUAUCCUCGUGGUUACUUUAUCGAGGCGGCUGCGCUCCAUAACCAACUUCUUUUUGGCGAACCUUGCCGUGGCAGAUUUAUGUGUCGGCGUGUUUUGUGUCUUCCAAAACUUGACUAUAUAUCUUAUACCGAGUUGGGUGUUCGGAGACUUCUUGUGUAAGAUGUACCAGUUCGUACAUUCCCUGAGCUACACGGCGUCCAUAUUCAUCCUCGUGGUGAUAUGCACAGAGAGAUACUUCGCUAUUAUACACCCCAUCACUUGCAAGCAAAUCCUCACUUCCACGCGACUUAGGUUGGUGAUUCUUGGCGUCUGGAUUACUAGUGCAGCGUACAGCGCUCCCAAGUUCAUUUGGGUGGAAACCAUAACGAAUGACCUGGGCGACGGACACAUGGAAACAAUAUGUAUCCCGCACCGAAGGAAAUACAACUCUGAAUUAUUCGACAUGGUCAACUUUGGCCUUCUCUACGUGACCCCAUUAUGCGUCAUGACGGUCUUGUACACUCGCAUCGCGGUGGGGCUGUGGCAGAGCUCCCACGCGCUGCAACAUUUGGAGCGGGUGCAGUGCUGCGCCACGCAGUUUCCACGUCCAGAAAAAUCUGGCAAUGCUGGUUAUGAUGCACAACGAACCCUCAUCGGUACCAAUGAUGAUAAGAAAGUGGUGACAAUGAGCAGCAGCACCCAGUCGGGGAAAACUACGACAUCGAAAGCAACCCGUGGGCACGAGACACGCAACUGUCACCACCUCAGCCACCUGUCGCGCAACGUGCUGCGCGCGCGACGCGGUGUCGUGCGCAUGCUGAUCGUGGUCGUGCUCACCUUCGCUAUAUGCAACCUUCCCUUCCAUGCACGGAAGAUGUGGCAGUACUGGUCCAGUGGCUACGAGGGCUCCAGCGACUUCAGUACUCUCCUCACGCCACUCACGUUCCUUAUCACCUACUUCAACUCCGGCAUAAAUCCACUCUUAUAUGCUUUCCUAUCGAAGAAUUUUAGGAAAGGCAUGAAAGAGCUCAUCUUCUGCAAUUGUCAUGGAAAAAGGAAGAGUGAAAAUUUAAUUCUUUUAAAUCCCGUGGGAGGCGUCGGCCUGCGCAGGAGUUCAACCCGCUCCACCCGCGCCAACUGCAGCACUGUUACCAUAGCGCCGAAUGGGGAAUCAUGAGACAUGCGUCGGCGGCGCUUCCUGUACAAGGUGGAAAAUAUAGAUAUUUCCUGAUUAACAGAGAGCACCGACGAAGUGACCGACAGCAGCGGCUUCUACACCGUCUCGACAGUAUCUAGGCGUGAUCUCUACGACUAGACGCCAGAGACGUGCACCAGCAAGCGCUGACGUCACUUGUUCCAUAUAAGACUUCUUACGAACUUCUCUGAUUAGCUACGAUGCUAACUGUGAGUAAGUGUGAGUGAUUGUGAACUUAGUGAUCUCGCGAGCUUAAACCUAGAAUACGUUUGUUAUUAGAUGGAUUAACUAGUGCUAGUGAAGGAGUUAAGACCAAACGUUACAUAUCUUUCGGUUAUGUUUAGUUUAUCCAUUUGAUGAGAACUUGAAGCUUAAUUUGUUGUUAGAUAGGCAGUUUAAAACUAAAUAUGUAAUUCGAAAAAGUGUUUCAUAUAAAAAUAUUGUACAAAUGUAAAUAAGUAUCGUAUUAUAAAUUGUUCAAAUUGAAGUAUGAAGUAUGUAUUCGUGUUGGUGGCUGUUGUAAAUAUAGAUUUGAUGUACUUUACGAACCAAGCUGUUGUGAAUUGAUAAAUUUCCGAUCACCCAAUUUGAUUUACAAGAUUUAAGAUGGAGCCUCAUUCACGAUAACUCGGUUCUGGAAUCGAAAUACAAUAUUUAUGUUCAAUACUGCUUACCCGGUUAUAGCUGCAUUAGGGCAGACAGCGACGUAUCACAGCGAUAGAAGUUCUAAGAGAGCGAUGACAGACAAUAUUAAAUAUUAUUUACAAUUUCAAAUAUACAACCUAAGUAAGGAUUGUAUAAAUAAUUUCUUAACUGCUGAAUUCAAUAUCACACGAGGUAUAUAGGAAUAAUAUAAUUGUAAGUGUAAUUUCAUAAUGUUAAACUAUUGUCGUGUAAAUAGUGAACAUAUCUAUACAUUUUUAUACGUAAAUUCGUUCAUAAUACAUACAUUCGAAGUAAAUAAUGAUAAGAAUUCCGCCUAGUAGCAGGAAUGAAGCUAUUGCCAAAAUGAUUUCUUUAUUAUAAAAAAUAUAUUAUACCUAGCAACUCGUUGAUUUUGCCAAUAUACCUAAGCCAAUUUAGAUUAUUCGACAUUCAAAUGGAUAUGUAUAUUUUCUCAGAAUUAUACCAAAUACUAGUUAUUUAUACAAUUUAAAUGUACUUACACCACGAUAUAUAAUAUUAUUUUAACGUAGAAUAAUAUUAUGAAACAAAAUGUCUGACAUUUUGUAAGAAAAAAAAGGUUUUUGAAAGAUGAAAAAGAUAUUUAGUUAUUGUAAAGGUUAAAUGUACACUCAAAACAUUAAAUGUAAAAUGUAAAUGAGAUUGGAUUAUAGAAAUGAAAUCAAAUUGUAGCUCCGUGUAUUAUUACUUUCUAUAAUGGCAUUGUAGUUUUGAUAUAAUCAAAACUUAUUUAGAACAACUUUUUUCGUUCCCAAGAUAAAAAUUUCACAUUUUAGUAGAACAUUUGUAUGCUAGCUCAGAAAGUGACCGCGGGCUUGCAAAUGUAGCCUUCCAUUACGUUCAUUACCACAUUGUUCUCGUCGUCUUUGUGUAAUAAUAAAAUUCAUGUAAAUAUAUAUCGCUAGUAGUCAAGGGAAUUUCAGUAGAGGCGGCUGGGGAUAGUUGGAACAUUUGGACGUGGAUGCCCGUAGCUAGCUCGUUAUGAAGCCGAGAUCUUAACGAUAAAAUGACUUAAUUUGUCCACAAAUGCUUUCAACUUGGGCUUUUACUACCUAGAGUUAGAGCAAUUUACUAGAACCGAAUAGCCAUAUUAAGACUACGUGCUUUGCCUACUUUGAAUUUUACCGCCAUUCUAGCAGUAAUGAAGGUACCUAUUUCGGUAUUCUUAAGAGAAAUUAAUAUUAAAAAACAAUUCACUUACCAACUUAACUCUCUUAAACCCUGUCUAUGGCACGAUGAACUAAAACAUAAAGGUUGUUAUUUAAACUUUUUGUUAACCAAAUGAUUACAAAGUUAACCUUUUACAAAGUCAAGUACAAAGUAUCAAAGUUACGUACUCCUUGAACUUAUAAUUAAGGGUUGAGUUUACUAUUUUAUGGGGCACGUUUCUCGGCCAAGAUAAACAGACGGGAUGUGGAGAUACCUGAUACUCAACCGUAGGUCCCAGUAGACCCCCCGCUCUGAGUAAUUUAUUAUGAGUAGUUCGUUACAAACAUGGUGCAACUGACCCCAGCCCACUCCACUGAUUGUUAUUAUGUUUGUUCAUCUCUUGGCUCAUUUAAAUAGUAGAUAGGCAUUUAUAUGAAUGGAUUUGCAAAAUAUAAAAAUAUGUCGUUAUUACAACUGGUCGUGUAUUUAUAGAUAGCUUUUAUCUAUUAAAUAUUAAAAGGAUAAAAUUGGAAAAUGCACAAGCCUGGAAAUACUUCUCAGAUAAUGUGUUUAUGUUUCUGGAUUUUAUUAUCUGUUACCCUAGAUACUAAAUAUGUACAUUUACAAAGAAACAAUGUACACAAACACAUGUAUAAAGUAUUAAAUCUGUUCAUCAAGUUAAUAAAAAUCUAUUUUUCACUGUAAACUAUAAAAUAUUCUGUAGAUAUUAUUGAUGUAUUGAUUUAAAUAAAUUCCUAUAAAGAACUA